CCAACACUUCCACUAUUUUCGCAAACCAUCGGUACAGUAUACGUCGGGCUGCAUUGCCUCUACCGGCGCUGGGAGGCUCUGCAACAUAGAAGCUGCAAUCGCAGCUCAGAGCGUCCUCAGACACCAUGCCGCGCCCAGCCCUUCGACGACGGCACCUCAACCGAAAUGCGCCCACUCCACGCUAUGGUGGGAAGAUCCCAAACAGCAGUCCAGCCAAGGUGGAGCUCGAGAAGAAGCUUGCGCAUAAGCCUGUAGGACAGAGGCCGACCGACAGCGAUGACAGCGAUAGGCUCGUUGUCAAGGGAAGUGGUAGGAGGACUCGGCAGCGACAGGAAAUUUUUGCCUCGGGUGCCGUGGGAAGCGGCGACACGCCCGGCGCAUAUCCCAGUCGGGCACAGAGAAGGAAGAACAUGAUCCAGGACACCAGGGAUAUACUCGCGAACGCGCAGCAAACGUCCUCAGAGCACGUAGCCGAUGCGCCUUCAGAGCAGUCUCGACAGGAUGGAAAUGCUCCAUUGACGAAUGGGAAGGUCCGCAAAGCGUCAAGUAUCAAGCAGGGCAUAUCAGCACCGACCCCAGCGGUGGUGUCCUCUGCUGUCAAGGCGCCGGCGACGCUUCUGGGGUCAGCGCAGCCUACUCCAUCGAGGGAGACCUCGAUCCUAGGGAAUUUGAAACCGAGACGGAGACAACCUAGUAUAUUGCAAGAUCUCGGCAACGACUCCUCCACCUUUGACCUUGCGGAUGAAGAACAAUUCCUCCCUGACGACGAAUCAACCCCCUACAAUUUGUCGAAAUCCCACAAUGCUCCCAUCACCCCCGCCACAAACUCACCACAGCUCUCCACAUCAUCGAAGAAGAGGAAGUUUGGGUCUUCUGAUCCUGUCCAAUCCCACAUGGACAAUGGACGAACAAGCUCCCCUCUUGCGACGAUGGACGCCACAACCGCGUCACCACAACCUGCUCUUCCUCCCAUGCCAGCUUCCGCUCUUCGACAAUCGGGCAGAAAGUGUAGAGAACGCGCCGAGGAGGAAGACGACAUAUUAGCUCCGCCAGAAAGCAGCAGUUCGUCGUCGCCGUCAUCUCCGGCCAAGAUAUCCCCAGGCCAACCGGCGAAGAAGACGACGAGGGCCAAACCAAGUGAACCAAGCACCACCAUGACCACGGAACAACUCCGUGCGCUCAUGAUGCCCACGAAAAGACGGAAAACUACGCGAGGACGUACUCGUGUCUUGGGCGAGUUUGAUAUUCCCAUGGAUUCUGAUGCGAACUCUGACAAUGUCGAAACAUUCGACGAUGACGAGGGUGACGAAUCCAGUUUCCUUCCUACCCAAAGGAAGGGUCGCAAAACAAGGGGUAAAGAACAAUCUUCGACCAAAACUGGUAGAAGGAAAACCUCAAAGGCAUCUUCUGAUUCUGCUGAGCCUCCAGCAGUCAAGCAGAAGAAGAAGAAGGCCACUGCUACUGUCACUGCUGCUACUGCACGUACAGCAGCAAAAUCAGGAUCAAGAUCAAAAUCAAGUACGCGAAAACAUUUCACUACUGCUGCUGCUACCACCGCGCCUAUCCUUACGCCCUCCACCUCUACCACACAUUCAAGUUCAAAUUCAAGAAGGAACCGCGAAACUAAGUCUCCUUCACAGUUCCCCAGUACUCGUACCGUCGAACUUUCCAAGUCGAUCCCCCAAGUCGAUCUCGAUCUCGAAAAUCGUCACCGCAAGUUACAUGGUGGCUCCCACCUCGGUCGAGGCGGCCGACGAAGACAGCCCGAAAAUUAUAUCGUGGACAAGGAAAAUCUCACCCCCGACGACGACGACGAGGAGGAGGAGGAGGAAGAGGGGGAGGAAUUCUCGUCAAACGAAUUUCGUUCGGGUGAGGGUGAGAGUGAUGGAUCGCGGGUGGUGACGACGAACGUGGGAGGAAAGUCGGUUGUCGUUGAAAAAGGUAGAGGGAAAUGGGCAGACAUUGACGCUUGGGAUAUGGAUUUUGAAGAUGUCGAGGUCAUGACCGGAUCCGGUGGUAGUUCACCGAUGAGACGAUGACGAACCCAACCCAGUGUAAACACACGCCAAACGGAGAGAGAGAGAGAGAAAGG